UGACUUUGUGGCUGUGGUAACCAGUGUCUCCGCUCCGCAUGAUAAACCAAACACCAACAGAGACUCGGCAGCGACGGACGGACGGUUUCCCGAAGCACAAAUGGCUGCCACCGGAGUCCUUCCUUUUAUCCGGGGGGUAGACCUAUCUGGAAACGACUUCAAAGGAGGUUACUUCCCUGAACAUGUGAAGUCUAUGAGCAGUCUGAGAUGGCUGAAACUCAACAGGACCGGCCUGUGUUAUCUGCCAGAGGAGGUGGCUGCACUGCAGAAACUGGAACAUCUGUCUGUGAGUCACAACAGCCUGACUACUCUACAUGGAGAACUGUCCAGCCUGCCGAACCUCAGGGCGGUGGUUGCCCGGGCCAACAACCUGAAGAACUCUGGAGUUCCUGAUGACAUCUUUCAGCUGGACGACCUCUCAGUCCUGGACCUGAGCUUCAACCAGCUGACUGAGAUCCCCCGAGACCUGGAGAACUCCAAGAACAUGCUGGUGCUCAACCUCAGCCACAACAGCAUCGAUGCCAUCCCUAACCAGUUGUUCAUCAACCUGACUGACCUGCUGUACCUGGACCUGAGUGACAACAAGCUGGACAGCCUCCCUCCUCAGAUGAGACGCCUCGUCCACCUGCAGACCCUCAUCCUGAACAACAAUCCCCUGAUGCACGCCCAGCUACGCCAGCUGCCAGCCAUGGUGGCCCUCCAGACUCUCCACCUGAGGAGCACCCAGAGAACCCAGAGCAACAUGCCUACCAGUCUGGAGGGACUGGUACACCUGGCAGACGUGGACCUGUCCUUCAACGACCUGAGUCGGGUUCCUGAGUGUCUCUACACGCUGAGCAAUCUGAAGCGUCUCAACCUCUCCUCCAAUCAGAUCUCAGAGCUCUCCCUCUGCAUCGACCAAUGGACUCAGCUAGAGACACUCAACCUCAGCAGGAACCAACUCACAUCACUGCCUUCUGCUAUCUGUAAGCUGGGGAAGUUGAAGAAGCUUUAUGUGAACAGUAACAAGCUGGACUUUGAUGGAGUUCCGUCUGGUGGGAAGUUAUCCAGUCUGCAGGAGUUCAUGGCUGCUAACAACAACCUGGAACUAAUACCCGAGGGACUCUGUAGGUGUGGGAAGCUGAAGAAGUUGGUUCUGAAUAAGAAUCGUCUGGUGACUCUUCCUGAAGCUAUCCACUUCCUCGUCGACCUAGAGGUUCUAGAUGUACGUGAGAACCCCAACCUGGUGAUGCCUCCCAAGCCGGUGGACAGGACAGCAGAGUGGUACAACAUCGACUUCUCUCUUCAGAACCAACUGAGACUGGCUGGAGCAUCCCCUGCUGUAAUAUCUGCUGCAGGGGGAGGGGCCAGCCCACGGGACCCCCUGGCGAGGAAGAUGAGGCUGAGGAGGAGGAAGGACAGUAGUCAAGACGACCAGGCUAAACAGGUCCUCAAGGGGAUGAGUGAUGUCACACAAGAGAAGAACAAGAGUUUCGAGGAGAACGGCGAUCAGAAGUAUGGGGAACUGAAUGCGUCAUUGGGACACGCGCGUCGUUGGGACAAGAGUCUGGAGAAACCACAGCUGGACUACUCCGAGUUCUUCAUGGAGGACGUAGGACAGGUCCCUGGUGUGUUUGUGUGGCAGAUAGAGAACUUUGUUCCGAUGCAGGUGGACGAGGCGUUCCAGGGGAAGUUCUACGAGGCUGACUGCUACAUCAUCCUCAAGACGUUCCUGGACGACAACGGAGCCCUGAACUGGCAGAUAUUCUACUGGAUUGGUCAGGAAGCUACGCUGGAUAAGAAGGCGGGGUCUGCCAUCCACGCCGUCAACCUCCGUAACUACCUGGGGCGGAAGUGUCGAACCAUUAGAGAGGAGAUGGGAGACGAGUCCGAGGAGUUCAGCGCUGUGUUUGAAAAUGACAUCUCCUACAUUGAGGGGGGGACAGCCAGCGGCUUCUAUACUGUGGAGGACACACACUAUACUGUCAGGUUGUAUCGUGUUUAUGGGAAGAAGAACAUCCGUCUGGAGUCGGUUCCUCUGAAGGCCUCGUCCCUGGACCCACGGUUUGUCUUCCUGGUGGAUACGGGUCUGGAGAUUUUCAUCUGGAGAGGAGCCAACGCUACUCUGGCCGGUACCACUAAGGCCCGGCUGUUUGCAGAGAAGAUCAAUAAGAACGAGCGUAAGGGGAAGGCAGAGAUCACCACCCUGCAGCAGAGUCAGGAACCUCCUAACUUCUGGGAGGUUCUGGGAGGACAACCUGAAGAGAUACGCAAACACGUUCCAGAUGACUUCACACCCGUACGACCCAAACUAUACAAGGUGGGUCUGGGUCUGGGAUACCUGGAGCUCCCUCAAAUCAACUACAAGCUGUCAGUGGAACACAAAGAGAAGGUCAAACUGGACAAAAUGCCGGAACUACGACUGCUCCAGACCCUGCUGGACACUAAAGGAGUGUACAUCCUGGACUGUCUGUCUGAUGUGUUUAUCUGGAUUGGGAGGAAGUCUCCUCGUCUGGUGAGAGCAGCCGCCCUGAAGCUAGGACAGGAAGUCUGCACUAUGCUGCACCGCCCCAAACACGCUACUGUUACCAGGAACCUGGAGGGGACAGAGUGUCAGGUGUUUAAGUCUAAGUUUCAGAACUGGGAUGAUGUCCUGAAGGUGGACUACACCAGAGCAGCUGAGAGUGUAGAGCAACAGCAAGGAUUACAGGGGAAGGUCAAGAAGGAUGCUGAGAAGAAAGACGAGAUGAAGGCUGACCUCACCGCCCUCUUCCUCCCCAGACAACCCCCCAUGGUCCUCACUGAGGCAGAGCAGAUGAUGGAGGAGUGGAAUGAGGAUCUGGAUGGAAUGGAGGGAUUCGUGUUGGAGGGGAAGAAGUUUGCUCGUCUGCCGGAGGAGGAGUUUGGACACUUCCACACACAGGACUGCUACGUCUUCCUGUGCAGGUAUUGGGUGCCAGUAGAAUACGACGAUGAGGACAAGGAGAAGAAGGAGAGGCACGGCCACCACGGAGGAGAGGAAGAGGAGGAGGAGAGGGUGGAGGAAGACUUCCAGUGUGUUGUGUAUUUCUGGCAGGGCCGGCAGGCCUCCAACAUGGGCUGGCUCACCUUCACCUUCUCUCUGCAGAAGAAGUUUGAGAGUCUCUUCCCUGGGAAACUGGAGGUGGUCCGUAUGACUCAGCAGCAGGAGAACCUCAAGUUCCUGUCUCACUUCAAGAGGAAGUUCAUCGUCCAUAAAGGGAAGAGGAAACAGAAGAUCGAUGCCCAGCCCUCCCUCUACCACAUACGCACCAAUGGCAGCGCUCUCUGUACCAGGACCAUCCAGAUAGGAACGGACUCCAGUAACCUGAACUCAGAGUUCUGCUUCAUCCUCAAGGUGCCGUUUGAGAGCACAGACAACCAGGGGAUAGUGUAUACCUGGGUGGGCCGGGCUGCUGAUCCUGAUGAGGCCAAACUGGCGGAAGACAUCAUGAACUGUAUGUUUGAUGACACCUACAGCAAACAGGUGAUCAACGAGGGGGAGGAGCCGGAGAACUUCUUCUGGGUGGGGAUUGGCUGUCAGAAGGUAUACGACGAGGACGCUGACUAUAUGAAGUACGCCAGACUGUUCCGCUGCUCCAAUGAGAAGGGAUACUUCGCCGUGUCUGAGAAAUGUUCUGACUUCUGUCAGGACGACCUGGCCGACGAUGACAUCAUGCUACUGGACAACGGCAAAGAGGUGUACAUGUGGGUGGGAACUCAGACCAGCCAGGUAGAAAUUAAACUCAGCCUCAAAGCCUGCCAGGUCUACAUCCAGCACAUGCGUUCUAAGGAGACGGAGACCCCCAGGAAGCUGCGUCUGGUCAGGAAGGGAAACGAGCCACACUGCUUCACACGAUGCUUCCACGGCUGGGGCGCCUUCAAGACUGCGCUCGCGUAGACACGUCCACGGUCUUUAGGACAAAGCUGUGUCUGUUGGCUUUAUCAUAUCAGCGUUUUACCUGCUUGAUACCCCCGUCACCCUUCCUGCCUCCCCUCUCCUCCUCCCUCACCUCUGUUCCCCUCUCCCCCCCCCCCCCUCUCCUCCUCCCCCUCUCCCCCCCCCCUCUCCUCCUCCCCCUCUCCCCCCCCCCUCUCCUCCUCCCUCACCUCCGUUCCCCCUCCCUCACCUCUGUUCCCCUCUCCUCCUCCCUCACCUCUGUUCCCCUCUCCUCCUCCCUCACCUCUCCGUUCCCCUCUCCCCCUCCCUCACCUCUGUUCCCCUCUCCUCCCCGUUCCAACGACGUGGCUGUUCUGACAUCCCAGACACAGAGAGGAAUCUGUGUUUCAGUGAUUGGUCCGGGCCUUGCCGUAAUACCAGAUAUAGAUAUUUACUGUACUGCAGCAGCUCAACGUGCGCACGCCUGGCUGUAAUUGUGCACGCUGUCACUUGCACACACUAUUUAUGGAUUUUAUAUGAGAAUAAAGUUUCACAGGAUCUGC